AUGGCGUACACUGGACAGUACACGUACCCAUCGCCAUUGGCAGGCUACGAAGAUGCCCCGCCGCUGCCGGAUGAGAAGGCCGAGGACGGGAAGAGCUUCGUGAACCCGAAGAGCGAGAGUCUCAGCAAGGCAUACGAGGAGUUCGUGGAUCCGCUGGAGAAGGGUCGACGCGGGGGCUUCGAUGUCCACAUCUACUACUUCCAGAACAAUCAAAAGCAGACCGAGUAUGCAAAGGAUCUGUGGGAGAGGAUCCGACGGGAAUUCCCGGAACUGAGGAUAUACCGUUUCUGGGACCGGCCGCUCGGUCCGCACCCGGUCGCGAUGUUUGAGGUCAAUGUCUUCACACCGGCCCAGUUCGGAGCCUUUGUCUCAUGGCUGGCUAUCUACCGCGGACCGUUGUCGGUGCUCAUCCACCCGAACACGGUCGAGGAGGGUGUCUCAUCGUCUGAUAUUGAACGACGUAAUCAUUCAGAAAGAGUGAUUUGGAUGGGUGACAGGGUUCCGUUGGAUCUGAGUUUCAUUUGA